AUGGGCAAAAGUUCUAAAGACAAGCGCGAUAUAUAUUACAGACUAGCCAAAGAGCAAGGAUGGAGAGCACGCUCUGCAUUUAAACUGCUACAAGUGAAUGAAGAGUUCAGUAUAUUUGAGGGUGUCUCUAAAGCGGUGGAUUUGUGUGCUGCCCCCGGCAGUUGGAGUCAGGUCCUCAGCAGGCAACUAUACCAAAACCAGAACGAUGUAAAGAUAGUGGCUGUAGACCUGCAAGCAAUGGCACCUCUACCAGGUGUUAUACAGAUACAGGGUGACAUCACCAAGACAUCUACUGCUGAGAAUAUCAUCCGACACUUUGAAGGAGAGGAAGCUGAUCUAGUUGUAUGUGACGGAGCACCUGAUGUGACAGGACUCCACGAUAUCGACGAGUUUAUUCAGGCCCAGCUGCUCCUGGCUGCUCUCAACAUUACCACUCACGUAUUGAAGCUGGGUGGCACUUUCGUUGCUAAGAUUUUUAGAGGGAAGGAUGUAGCAUUACUGUUCAGUCAGCUGAGAAUAUUCUUUGAGGAUGUCAAGUGUUGCAAGCCUCGAUCGAGUAGAAACUCCAGUAUUGAGGCAUUCGUCGUCUGCAGAGGCUACAAUCCUCCGGAGGGGUACAUUCCCUCCAUGAUAAAUCCCAUGUUGCAGCUGGACUACAACUUUGAUUUCGAUAGUUUGGAUGGAGUUAACAGAUACGUGGUUCCUUACAUAGCAUGCGGAGACCUCAGUGCGUACGAUUCAGAUAAGAGUUAUACACUAGAGGAAGGAGACAUACCGUACGUUUACAGACCCCCAGUACAGUCCCCAAUAAACCCUCCUUACAAGCAAGCUUGUCUUCUAAAGAACGGCAAAAAUAUCGAACAGAAUAGUGUUAAUUUAUCAGACGUUACUGUUAGUAUUUUAUCACAAGCUACUGAUAAGAAUUUAUCAGAAGCUACUGAUAAGAAUUUAUCAGAAGCUACUGAUAAGAAUUUAUCAGAUAUUGGUGUGAGUGAUUUAAGAACUGAUGAGAAAGUAGAAGCAAAUAUUGAAGUUGACCGGACUGCUGAGAAAUUGAAUGAUUUGUCUGUGAAAUAGUAGAAAUCAAAAUAAGAUCUAGAUUUUGAGAAUUUUAAUGA